UUGGCGACAGUGUUGUAGUGUAAUCAGCGCCAGUAAGUGAUUGUUUUCCACAGUACAGAAGAUGGUAAUCAAUUGCUGAAGUAGUAAAUAGUACGUUGUAUUAGAACUUCAGUUUUAAAUGGAAGUUAAAUGGAGCAAGCUUGAUGUCAAACUCAGUGCUUUAACUAAGAAAACUAUACAUGAAAUGGGAUUUAAAACGAUGACACCUGUACAGGCUGCAUGUAUUCCAUUACUGCUUAAGAACAAGGAUGUUGCAGUUGAAGCAGUGACAGGAAGUGGCAAAACGUUGGCAUUUAUUAUUCCUAUGUUAGAAUUACUGCAACAUCGCAGUGAAAGAUUGAAACGCCAUGAGGUUGGUGGUAUUAUAAUUUCCCCGACUCGUGAGCUUGCAAUUCAGACAAGUCAAGUACUGGCUCACUUCCUCCAUCAUAGUGAUCAUCUCACACAGAUGCUUCUAGUAGGUGGAAACAGUGUGGCUGCUGAUGUAGAUUAUUUCAGGGUCAAAGGAGCUAACAUUCUCAUUGCAACACCAGGAAGAUUAGAGGAUUUACUGACAAGAAAUUGUGAUAUUAAUUUACCAUCUGCAGUCAAGUCAUUGGAAUUACUUGUGCUGGAUGAAGCAGAUCGUCUCUUAGAUCUUGGAUUUGAAAGAACAUUGACGACAAUUCUCCAGUACUUGCCUCGGCAACGCAGGACAGGCUUAUUCUCUGCCACUCAGGCGAAAGAACUUGAACAGUUGGUGCGAGCAGGCUUAAGAAAUCCUGUCUUAGUUGCUGUUCAUGAAAAAUCUCAAAACAAGUCUGUCAGUACAGGACCUGAUGAAACUGAUAUUUCUACACCAUCAACUUUGGCUAAUUACUACACAAUAUGUAAACCUGAAGAAAAGUUAGCAUCUUUGGUGGGAUUUUUGAAGUCACAAGGAAGCCAUCAGAAAUUCAUGCUAUUCUUCUCAACAUGCGCAUGUGUCGAGUAUUUUGCAUCUGUAUUGAAAAUAUUGUUUUCUGAACUUCAAGUGUUUGCUAUUCAUGGAAAGAUGAAAGACAAACGGUACAAAGUUUUUGACUCCUUUCGAAAGGCCACAUCAGGUGUGUUAAUUUGUACAGAUGUAAUGGCUAGAGGUGUUGAUAUACCUGAAGUUCACUGGGUAAUACAGUAUGAUCCACCAAGUUCAGCAGCAUCAUUUGUUCAUCGGUGUGGUCGUACAGCAAGGAUUGGCAAUCAGGGAUCAGCACUGGUUAUACUUCUGCCAACAGAAGAUGCCUAUGUUGAUUUUAUAUAUCGAAAUCAAAAGGUACAUCUGGUUUACAUGAAAACUCCCUCUCCUGCAGUUGACACUAUAUCGAGUGUUCGAUCACUGCAACUAAAGGAUCGUGCAGUUAUGGACAAAGCUAUACGAGCAUUUGUGUCUCAUAUUCAGGCAUAUGCAAAACAUGAGUGCAAUGUUAUUCUCAGGCUUAAAGACUUGAAUUUUGGCAGAUUAGCCACAGGACUGGGACUUUUAAAAUUACCCAAAAUGCCUGAACUGAGAGGGAAAGAUGUCUCUGAUUUUGAAGAAGUAAAGAUAGAUUUAAAUAGUAUACCUUACAAGGAUUGCCAGCGAGAACGAAUUCGCCAAGAAAAGCUGAAGAUUUACAGAGAGACAGGAGUGUGGCCUAAGACACAGCAGGCAAGUAAGCGCAUUUCCUGCAAGCAAACUGAGCCAUGGUCCCUAAGCAAACAGCGCAAAAUAGAACGUAAGAAUAAAAGGGAUACAAGGAAACUGAGAAAACAACAGCAGCAGGAUUCUGGUGUGUACACGAAACACAAACGAAAAAGGAAUGUAUCUCAAGAGGAUAUAGAUGAACUUGCCAAGGAUAUAGCGCUCAUAAAGAAACUGAAGCGAAAGAAGAUUUCAAAGGAACAGUUUGAUGAACAGUUUGAUGCCAAAAAUGAAGAACGUGGGUGUGAAAGCUCUAAGUAAUUACUGAUGAGUUAUUACACAACUUCAGAAUUACUUCAGAAUGGACUCUUGAACUUCUAGUGAAGUAUAUUUACAUAUAUAUCUAUUACACUGGUGAGUGCUCCGAGUUCUAGGGUUAUUAAACGUUGUGGUCUAGUGGUUAACACUCCUGCUUCUUAUUCUGGAGGUUCCAGGUUCAAAUCUCAGCCCAGAGAUUGGCUAUCCUGACUGGGGUUUUUUGUGCAUUUCCUCUGUCCUUCCAGGCAAAUGCCCUAAUUUAGGCCAUGACCACUUCCUUCCACAUCCUUUCCAAUUUACUAUUGUCUUCUCAUUCUUUCCUAUAUAGUCUGAGCUGCUGAAAAAAGUUUUGUUAAAUAAACUACAAAUAAAUAAGUUCUGUAGUUAAAAUUGUCCUAGAAAAGGGUUUCAAAAGUGCAUUGUGAGUAAUGCAUCAUUCUUCUUGUAAUUGUGCUUUUAUACUAUGAAACUUGUUGAAGAUGAUGAGGCAUGCCCUGUGGAACAUUUGCAGACUUACGGGAGAAGAAUUCCACUUCUAAUGCUUAAAACUUUGACAAAUACAGUAUGUUCAGUGUCAUGGUGCUGCAUGAAGUGUGAACAUAUUUAUAUUGUGUUCCACUUUUCAUGUUCUGUGGAGUGUGAAUGUACAAUAAAUCUUUGCUUUACUGAUGACUA